AUGCGAGGCACUCAGACCAGAACGUCCCGAGCCCUCCGUGAGCUGGCUCGCAUUCCUCUCCACAGCGAGACGCCGCAGGAGGCGGGCAGGGGGCCGUGGAACCACUCCUCCAUCACUGGGUUUGUCCUCACCAGCCUUUUCGAUGACAGCCGGACACACCUGUUCCUCUUCAGCAUGGUGGUGGUGGUCUACGUCCUGGCCAUGGCUGGCAAUGCUGCCAUGGUCCUCCUCAUCUGGGCUGACGCUCGGCUUCACACGCCCAUGUACUUCCUCCUCAGCCAGCUGUCCUUCCUGGACAUCUUCUUUACUUCGGUCACUGUGCCCAAGAUGAUAGUGGGCUUCCUCUUCGGCUGGACGGGCAUCUCGUUCGGGGGCUGUGGGGCACAGAUGUUCUUCUUCAUGUUCCUGGGAGCUGCGGAGUGCCUCCUGUUGGCCCUCAUGGCCUACGACCGCUACGUCGCCAUCUGCAACCCUCUGCGCUACCCGGUGCUCAUGAGCCGCCAGGUCUGCCUGCUCAUGGUGGCGGCCUCUUGGCUGGGAGGGUCCCUCAACGCCUCCAUCCAGACCUCACUGACCCUGCAGUUCCCCUACUGUGGCUCGCGCAGGAUCGCCCACUUCUUCUGCGAAGUGCCCUCCCUGCUCGUGCUGGCCUGCGCGGACACGGAGGCCUACGAGCAGGUGCUCUUCGUCACGGGCGUGGUGGUGCUCCUGGUGCCCAUCGCCUUCAUCAGCACCUCCUACGCCCUCAUCCUAGCGGCCGUGCUCCGGAUGCGCUCGGUGGAGGGACGUCAGAAGGCUCUGGCCACCUGCUCUUCCCACUUGACAGUCGUCAACCUGUUCUAUGGGCCCCUGGUCUACACCUACAUGUUACCCGCAUCCUACCACUCUCCUGGGCAGGAUGACGUUGUGUCCGUCUUCUACACCGUCCUCACGCCCAUGCUUAAUCCCGUCAUCUACAGCCUCAGGAACAAGGAGGUGACAGGGGCCAUGAGGAAGGCGAUAGGGAAGUGCCGGGUCAGCGGGAGGGCCUAA